UAGUCUUUGUAUAGUGAAUAUUUUUAUAAUAAACUUAAUUGUAAGUUUUAUUAUACAACAACAAUGUAAUUAAAGACGUUUAGUGGGGAUUGUGCAUAAAUUAUUAACACACCCACCAGUAGUGUCCUUUUAGCGGUACAUGGUUGUUAAACAGAAGGUUUGUGACACCAGUACAAUAUGGCCAGACCUGGAGCUCAUCGCAAAUUUUACGACUUUACGAAAUCAGAUGUGAAGGAGAAGGGGAGGGAGGAGCCCAACACCUCCCCCCAGGACCUUAUUGCCUAUGUGUCUGAUAAUGUUAUUGGAGCAGCAACCGUCUUCUCCACACCUUUUGGUCCCCGUAGAGUUGUCUACUGUGACUAUAUUGCAUCAGGGAGAUCUGUGAAAUUUAUCGAAGACUAUAUCGGCAGUGAGGUUCUCCCCCAGUAUGGCUCAACACACACAACCUCUACUGUUACAGCUCUCCAGACAACACUCUUCAGACACGAGGCUCGAGAUAUCAUCCGGAAUGCAACUCAGGCGUCAGAACAUGACAGAGUGUUGUUUGUGGGCAGCGGUGCAACUGCUGCCGUGCAGAAGCUCAUCCAUGGAUUAAAAUUAACUGGGGCUCCAGUUGUGUUUGUGGAUCCUUACGCCCAUCACUCUACCCUGCUGCCCUGGAGGGAGAUUGGUGCCAAGGUGCUGAGGAUCCGUGAAACAAGACAAGGUGAUAUUGACAGUGAGCACUUGGAGGAGUUGCUCAAACAACACGAGGGGGAGAGCUGCCGCCUGAUUGGCUGCCUCACUGCAGCCAGUAACGUGACAGGGGUGGUGGCGGAUGAUGUGAAGUUGACAAAGCUCCUCCACAAGUACGGCGCUCUAGCUUUCUGGGAUUAUGCAACUGCAGCUCCUUAUGUGGAUGUGAAGAUGAAUCCUUUAGUCAGUGGGGAUGGUAGAGGUGAGGCCCAUAAAGACGCCAUCUACUUCUCCAUGCACAAGUUCCUCGGUGGGGUACAGACGCCAGGAAUUUUGAUUGCAAAGAAGAACUUGUUUGAGAAUUCAGUUCCUGAAGUAUGUGGAGGCGGCAGUGUGUUCUUCGUCUCCAGGGAUUCACAUCGAUAUUUACAGGAUGUGGAAACACGCGAGGAGGGAGGAACGCCAGCCAUCGUAGAAUCCAUCCGUGCUGGUCUGGUUAUGCAGCUCAAGAACGCCAUCAGUCCCGACUACAUAGCUGCUCGCAAUACACAUCUCUCCAGGAAACUUUCAGAAUUAAUGAAGAGUGUUGCAGAAUUAAAAGUGUUGGGAAAUGUUGACUCCCCAAAUCGACUGCCAAUUCUGUCGUUCGUGGUGCGCCAUCCACAGUCUGGUCUGCUGCUGCAUCAUAAUUUCAUAUGUGCGGUUUUAAACGACGUGUUUGGCAUUCAAGCCCGUGGUGGUUGUGCCUGUGCCGGACCAUACGCUCAGGAUCUCCUGGGAAUUGACGAAGUCCUCGCUCAACGUUAUGAGAAGCUAUUGGUGGAGGAUAAUAGACUGGAUAGGUCACAUCUCCGUAGACAACGCGAACACAGUGACGUGGAGGUGUUGAGACCUGGCUUUGUGCGUCUCAACCUUCCUUAUUCUGCCUCUGAUGAACAGAUUGAGUUCAUCUUGAGUGCAGUACAGGAGGUGUGUAAGAAUGGGUGGCGUUUGCUUCCCCAGUAUAAUUUCAACCCAGAAACCGGUGAAUGGAAACACCACACUAAUCUCGUGUAUCGUGAGAGGCUGUGGCUGCAGAAUAUAUCAUAUGCUGAAGGUGUCUUCUCCUACCAAAAUAAGGACAGUUGUGGCGAUGCACUGAACUAUAUGGAUUGCCUAGAGAAAGCCAGUGAAAUAAUGAAUCAGGCAGCAAAGGCAUCUCAGAGACGACAGGUUCCAGACGAUACUAUUAUCUUUCGGGACGAGGCAGCUGAGUUACGUUGGUUCUUACUACCAAGUGAAGCCAAGGAAAUCCUCCAGCACAAUAGUAUUCCCUUCCGACCUCAUAAGAGCUAUCCCCACCCUCCUUUCCUACCACUGGUGUAUCCCUUGAAGGACUCAGAUUUGCGCUUGAGGUCCGAUUUUGUAUGGCAGCCAACAAGUGGUGCCCAAUGUUGUAUUAAAAGAACUAAAAUGUCAGAGAAAACUAGUAAUAGUGUGAAGAAGAAUGAGAAUGAUGAAGGAAUUACUAGAGUACUGCCUGAGAAUGGUAUAGAGAGGGAAUGUGAUAUGAAAACAGGUGACACACACAGUGACUUGCUUGAGAUUAAUAGGACUGACGUUGGAAGAAACAUUGAAUUGGCGAAUGAAAAAUGUAAGGAAGGAAUUCAUUCAUCACAAAGAACUAUAUUUGAAGGUCUUGAAGGAAUUAUCACAGGAAAGGAUUCAGAUGUGAUUUCCAGUAAUGAAGAAAGUAAAAAUAUGUAUUGUAAAAGUUCUCUGAUGAGUGUUGGGGCUUUGGAAAGGGCCAUCUCACAAGAUAAAGAGACAGAUGAACUGACAGGUACUGAUGGGGAAGUGACUGUACCAAGUAAAGAUAGUGUAAAUACCUCCAAGAAAAAGACAGGGGAAGUGACAGCUAAUGAUGGGGAAGUGACUAUACCAAGUAAAGAUAGUGUAAUUACCUCCAAGAAAAAGACAGGGGAAGUGACAGCUAAUGAUGGGGAAGUGACUAUACCAAGUAAAGAUAGUGUAAUUACCUCCAAGAAAAAGACAGGGGAAGUGACAGCUAAUGAUGGGGAAGUGACUAUACCAAGUAAAGAUAGUGUAAAUACCUCCAAGAAAAAAUCCCAAAUAGUGUGUGAAGAUCUGAAGUGUUUUAUCAAGAGAGAUGACAACCGCCCCUGUGAAUGUGUCCCAGUACGCAACAAGUGGCAUCCUCCACCUAAGAAUAUUUUUAACCCAACUGUAGAGGCUCUGCUGGAGUUCGACAUGGUAAGAGACGGUGACCGGGUUUUAGUUUGUCUCUCUGGGGGGAAGGAUUCUCUCUCCCUCCUCCACACACUUCGCCAGUACCAGUUUUAUGCCGGUGCUAGGGGCCUCAAGUUUACCCUGGGUGCUGUAACAGUGGAUCCAAUGAGUGCAUCUUAUGAUCCAAGGCCGCUAAUACCUUACCUGGCUAGUCUAGGAGUCCCAUAUUUCUUUGAGCAACAAGAUAUCCUAAAACAAGCUGCAGGUUUGGAGAACCUCAACUCUAUAUGCAGCUUUUGCUCUCGAAUGAAGCGGGGCAGGAUUUAUGCAACAGCACGACGUGAGGGGUACAACGUCCUCGCGUUUGGCCAACACCUGGACGACCUGACCGAGAGCUUUAUUAUGUCCAUUUUUCACAAUGGGAGAUUACGAACAAUGAAAGCUCACUAUAGUGUCAAGGAAGGAGAUCUCCGAGUUGUCCGUCCUUUUGCAUACGUGCGGGAAAAAGAUCUGAGAAGAUUCGCAGAGUACAAGAAGCUGCCGGUUAUCCCUGAGAACUGUCCUGCAUGUUUUGAGGCACCGAAGGAGCGUCAUCGAGUGAAGCAAAUGUUGGCUCAGCAAGAAGUCCUAUUCCCUGGGCUGUACUGGUCCUUGAGAACAGCUCUUCAUCCAGUCAUGGCAAUAAAUUUAACAGGAAUGGAGAAUGCUAUCUUUGGGAAAAAUGGUACAUUAGAAAGUCUCUCAAAGGUGAAUGGCUGUGUGCAAAAUGAUGAGGAGGAAUAGUAAGAAGACCAAUGUAAUAACACAAACAUGAAAUUUUAGACUUUAGGUGAGUGUUUUAUUCUUCUCUGUAUAGUACUGGAGGGUCUGUAAGGUAAUUUAUAUGGUAUAAAUGGUACUUAAUUUCAUGAGGCUUAUAAAAAACUAAUUUAACUAGACCUUAUUAAAUUCUUCACAGUAAAAAAGAGUGAUACAAUUAUAUAACAUUUUUAUUAUGGCUCGGUUAGGAUAGUUAUUUUCCAUAAGUUCAGUAUCCUGAAUUAAGGAAAACAUUUUACACUUCAUCACUUGUCACCUUAUUAGCCAGUUGGGUGUUUGUCAGUUCUCUUGUUGCAUAAAAUUGUUAAGUACUGGACAUGAUGUGAGUUCUUAAAGUACCUGAACAUGUGCCAGUCUUGGUCAAGUAUGGAUUUUGUUUACUCUGAUAAUUGUCCUCUGUUAAAAUUGGAUAAACUAUAUUUAUUAAUAUGUGAUACAUUCUCUAAGCACCAAUGUUAAUCACCAAUCACAUUCACUGGCUCAUAAUACAAUCUAGGCUCUAGUGUUAAUCACCAAUCAAAUUUACCAAUACACAAAAUGCUCUGUGAUUGGCUGGUCUAAGUCAGACUGGAAGCCUUGAGUAUUACAAUGGUUUCAAAAAAUAUGGUUUGUACAGGUUGGGUGGGAAGUAACUGACAGGUAGGUCAGGUCAAAGGAUCACUUGAUAAUCUUCUGGUCAUUAACUGAUAGUAGACAUCCAGGGAAUAGGUGACAUUUUCCUAGUAGAUAGAGACGGUAAAAAUUAAAUGGGUACCCAGGGGUGUAGAUGACAUGGGAAUAACAGGUGUUUAGACAAAGUGGGAAUGCCAGGUAUACUGUAGAUGGUGGGUACAAACUUAUAUCUCACCCAAACUCUGUAGGACAAUUCUGCCAUAAAAUGAAACAAGAACU